AGGCAAACAGGGCAUUCUUCAAAUAACUGUCCCUCACAGUCAUCUCGCUCACAUUCAGCCCAACCUGCCAGUGACGUUAACAGACAAAAUGGAGAAGCAUCUGUUCCUUGUAUCUCAUGUGGUGCUCUAUGUGCUCUACGAACUGCCAAUACUGCAAACAAUAGGGGCAGAAAGUUUUAUUCUUGCCAGUCCAGAGAGUGCAACUGGAAAGAAGAUACAAAAGUUUUUAGAUUUCUAGUACUCUCUGUAUAUGUACUUCAAAAGAAGAUACAACUGGAAAAAAAAUACAUGUUUAUUAGCUAUAAUAACGAAUCACUUACUAAACAAACUCCUAAAUUAAAAGUCAAAUCCACAAUGACUCUUCUUUAAAAAUGACAUUUUUACGGUUUAGGAAUGCAUUUGCUAAACGAAGUAAGUUAAGAGAAUAAACACAUUAAUAAUAGCAACU